GCCAUCGCUAGCAAGCACUUGAUUGUUCUGCUGCAGGAUGAAAUCUUUGCUGACUUCUUCAACACCUUCUUGAAUCUUCCUGUGUUUGGUCAGACCCCUAUUUUCAUGUUCAGCACUCGUCAGUGGUGUCUCUGGCCAGAACUGCCAUGCAACCAUGUAUCAAAGCACAAAGGCUUGGUGACUUGGAUGGAGAAACAUCGGCUGCCUUAUUUCUGCAAAACCAACUUGUGCCUUCACUACAUCCUCUGCAAGGAGCUCAUCAGUUUCAUCCGGUCCCAAGAGGCAGCAGACAUGCUGAGAUGGAAAAAAGCCGACCAGUGGCUCCUGGAGAAGUGCAUCAGUGGUAGCAGAGGGAUGUGGCGCUUCCGUUCUUUCUUGCAAGGAAUGGCAGGGGAAGAGCUGACCAAAUUCUGGCUAGCUGCAGAAAGGAUACUUGGUAUCGAUGAAACGGAUGAAUCCCAGCAAGAUCUCUAUGUGUCGCUGUUCCAGGUGUUGAUGGCCACUCACUUGCAGGAGGGCUCUGUAGUUGUCACCCUCUGUAGCACAACCAUUGAAACACUUCUGAGAAUGUCUCCCUAUCACCCCAAGCAUGCCCACACUCGAAGGGAAGUCCUGAGUGAUAUGCAGAAAGUGGCCCUGUUCAAGAUUGAAAGUUACUGGCUCCCAAACUUCUACAUUCACUGCAAGCUGAGCAUGGAGCAAGAACCCAAGUGCUCCCAUUUGCUCAAGGAGUAUCAGGAGCAGUUGUCCAGGGUCACGUUUCCGAAGUCGUUUCCGUUUCCUCUGCCAAUGAUGAGCAUCCGUGAAAGCAGCUUGGCAUCCCUAUCCUAUUCUAGCUUGAGAAGCAAGAAGGAAGUCUGGGAUCACGUCACAGGCAAAGGCCCUUUGGAAGGAAGAGAGAAGCAUAAAAGCAAGACCUGUGGACACCCCAGGAAGUCGGUAUCAUCGAAAAGCAGUCCAGCUGACAAGAAACAUCACAUUUCUGAAAAACAGUCCCCCAGUACUAGUAUGUGGCAAGGAGAGCACAUCAACGAACAAGACGGCGUGGGCAAUUCCGAUGAAGCGCCCUGCUUCAAAAACAGCCCCACGGAGCUGCCUUCCACUCCUGCACUAGAAGAAAUUGACGAGAAGAUGUAUGUCAAAAAACUCCGCGCUUCGACCCCCGUGGUCCAGUAUCCUUCCAUGCUAGCCUUAAAAACCAUAAUGACGUCUCCCUUGUCCUUAGAUUUCCUUCCUUGGGUGCUCAAUGCCGACAAGUGUGCAGGAUGCCCAUUCCGGGAGUUUUUGCUCAGUAGGAAUUAUGCAGUGGAGGUGCAUCUGCUCGAGCUGUGGCAUGACCUGGAAGAUUUCCUGCGCAUGAUGAUGUGCUCCCUUGGUGAAGGCAACGUCCUCUUGCGCCACGUGAUGGGCGAAAGGAUCUGUGAGUUGUACCUGACUCAGAACAGCAACUGGCACCUUCCUUUGAAGCUAUCAACUCUCAGGGGGUUACAGAGACUCCUUCCUUCUGGAAAUGUUAUACCCUGGUUACUAAAGGGACAGAAGGAGAUCUGUAAGAUUCUCUGCUUCCUCUAUGAAGAGUUCCUACAGCAUGAUGACAAGAUAUUUCUGUUUUAUGUGCUUGGCAAGGAGAAGAAACAACUGACAGAAUAUCUUUAUGAAAAUGAUGAGAAUCUCCGACUCGUCAGGAGAAUCAUGGAGUCCACCCAUCUCAGCCAAGCAUUAGCUGGAAUGAGAGACUUUGAUCUGCUCUCUGGGGAACACUGGCAGUUAUUGGGCACUCAGGACCUGGGAAUGGGGGGCUCUAUCUUUAUGGAGCUGGAUCCCGUUGUGUACAAGAUAGACUAUGUGGGCAUGAAAUUUGAGGAGCUGGCCAAGAUGAAUCCUAAGAUGGCUGUGGAAAUUCUGAGUCAGAACUUUAGGGAAUUCUGCAAGAAGUACGCGACAGCAAGUGGCAUUUUCAUUCGGCCCAUGAUACCGAAAAGAAGCUUACAUUGGACCCGGUCAAGUUUGUCCUUCAUGAGGAAGGGACCUUUAAUCAGAAAGCCCCUUAUAAAGCCCAGAGAGCUGAAUGAAGUGCUUCAGAACCCCAUUCAUAUGGACUACUUCAGACAGUUUCUCAAGAUGCACAAUGCUGAAACCCCACUCCUUUUUUGGAUGGCUGUGGAAGAUAUUAUUAAGGAGACUAACCCCAGAGCUCAGAGUGAGUUGAUCAAUGCCACGGUCAGGAAUUUCUUCUACCACAGUAUUCCGCCAGAAAGGCUACUACAAUGCGAGGAUAAAAUCAUCCGAGACAUAAAGAAGUCCCGUAACAUUACUCUUGCCAUGUUGGCCACAGCACAAACCUGUGUGAUGAAGUGCCUGGAAAGCCGAUGGUUUAAAUCGUACCAAGGCCUGUAUCCUGAGACCGAGCCUACGUUUACAUCGCAUACCAUGAAGGGACGGAGGGGUUCCUUCAUAAGAGACAAGAUAAAAAGGGCCUGGAAUGCAUUUGGCUCACUCGUCAGAACGAUAUGCAGGUUCCGGAAGGCAAUGAGUUACCUAGCAAAGCGCAAAGCGUUUGAAGAAUUCCUCCACCGGGAACUAAAAAACACCAAGGAAAAUUUGCCUCCCCAAGGCACAGCUCAGCCACGAUUAAGCACUGGUGGAACUAGUGGCCGUUCUACUGGAUCUCCUAGCAGUCCAGAAGAAGAUGUUGAAGUGGUACAAGUGAAACGCCGGCUAUUUAAUGGCCGCAUCAUCUCAGUUAACUUCCUGACCAAUGAUCUCUGCUUUUACCUGGAGAUGGAGAAGUUUUUCCACCUGGCUGAUUCGGUAGUAGUGCUGGCUUCCCUUGGAUUGUAUACAGAGAAGGAUAUUGCCUUUCUGAGAUCUAAGGUGGUCACCAUCAUCAAACUGUUCUUGAAUUCAGAUAUUCCACCUAAACUGAGGGUCAACCUCACAGAAGCACAGUGCAAUCAAAUCAAGAAUUCAAUCGGUGAAGGUGUACUGAACAGGAGUCUCUUUCAUACCGCCAUGCUCUCUAUUUUCUCACUUUUAAUACACUUCUGGAAGAAGUAUUGCCAUUGGAAGGUAAUGAGGGGUUUCAAAAAACGAAAGGAAGAGAAACCAGCAGAUGCUUCUCCAACAGCUCUCCCUAAGACGAUUCAUAGGAGGCCCAGCCAUUACAGUGGAGAGGACCACCCCAUCAUCAGGUUUACUUUGCUCAGAGGGAUCCAGCUGCUGCUCCCUCAGCCGAAGGAAGAGGUAGAAGUCCUUGGCGAGAAAUCUUCAACGGUGAGCAUCAGCCCAUCCAAAAAGUCAUCUAUCAUGUCAGUGAAUCAGCACAAAAGAACAGAAUACCACCGCUACCACUUUGCAGUCAUCAGGGAGCUCAGGGAGCCCCCUGAAAAUCAGGAAACCCAUAACUGUCCAGGGAUCAUUUCAGGAGGUGUCAAAAUGAUUGCUGUCGUCAGCCACCACGUUCCUUCUCUGGAUUAUUCCAAACUGUUCCCCUGGGUGUCAGAUGCAGAACUGGAGGUGGGCAGCAAGGCCAAAUCUGGUCAAAUGGUGACCUUCCUGUCCAGCUUGAGGACCUAUAUGGAUUACCAUUUUACUAGAGUCAAGGGAGGCAAAGAGCGCCCCCCGGCCUUAUCAGCGGAGGCUGCUGGCCAGGAGGGCCAUAUUCUGUGA